AGCCUACCACCGCCAGCAAAAGAUUUUUUUACGAGAAGAGAGGGAGUAAUGAACUCUCACAGAGCAGACACUACUGAAAGUCAAGAGACCAAAGAAAGCAGCUUGGUGCUCACGGCCAACGAUCAAAGCGUGAAAAAAUAUUAUAGGUAUUUAGAAUAAAUCAGAAAAUGGAGGAAGCGCUUCGCUAAAUGGUGUUUAGCGGGAGAUGAGCCGGGAUACUGAUUGGAACUGACAAGCUUACUCCACUAGCCUACUGUAACGAUAGUGCUGUGCUCUCUUAAACAGGAAAUCUACAAGAUCUGACACCGAAAAUACUGCGAGGGAGAGGAUCCGCGCUCUCGCCAAACAAUGAGUGAGUCAAGCAUCUGCCAGGCUCGUGCCACGGUGAUGAUCUACGACGAUGCAAACAAGAAGUGGGUCCCGGCUGGCACGGGCACCCAGACCUUCAGCAGGGUGCAGAUCUACCACAACCCCUCCAGCAACGCUUUCAGAGUGGUGGGGCGCAAGCUGCAGGCAGACCAGCAGGUGGUGAUAAACUGUCCAAUCGUGAAGGGGCUGAAGUACAACCAGGCCACGCCCAGCUUCCACCAAUGGAGGGACGCGCGGCAGGUGUGGGGGCUCAACUUCGGCAGUAAGGAAGACGCGGCGCUCUUCGCCAACGGAAUGAUGCACGCCCUGGAGGUGCUGAGUGCCAUGGCAGACACGGGCUCCACCCUCCCCCGACCUGUGCAGAAUGGACCCUCCCAAGAGGAACUGGAGCAGCAAAGGAGGCUUGAGCAGCAGGAAAGAGAGCGUCUGGAGAGGGAGAGACAGGCGGCGGCUCCGCCCACCCCCCCAGCAGCCCUGCCCGCAGCCCCGCCUGCACCCCCAGGGGGCCCACCUCCUCCACCGGGGCCCCCUCCUCCUCCCUCGGGACCUCCGCCCCCACCUGGCCCCCCACCUCCACCCGGGAGUGGACCCCCACCUGCCCCGCCUCUUCCCUCAUCUGGCAGUGGAGGAGGGGGAGGAGGCGGGAGUGGGGGAGAUGGGGGUUUGGCUGCGGCCCUUUCUGGUGCCAAACUACGCAGGGUGCCCAAGGAGGAUGGUGGUGGUGCAGGCCCAGCAGCCAAGGCCGAGAGCAACGCCAGCAGUGGCGGAGGAGGUGGUGGUGGAGGUGGUGGGGGCGGGGGCCUGAUGGGAGAAAUGAGCGCCAUCCUCGCAAGGCGGAGGAAAGUUACCGAUAAGAAACCUGAAAAGAGUGACGAGCCAAAUAAUGGGGAUUCAUUGUCUUCAGGUGCAAAGUCAGCUGAACUCCCCCGGAAACCUUGGGAGAAAUCUGCGACCAUGCCCAGGACUAACGCCAGCCCCAGCAGGGCUCAGGAUCCCUCCCCUCCCACCCACUCUUCCCCAACUUUGGCCCCAGCAUCCAGGGUAAAGCAAGCGGGAGGCAGUAAAGACACAGGAAGCAACGAGGAGUCAGAAAUGGAGAGAAUCAAACAGGACAUCCUGGAGGAAGUCCGCAAAGAGCUUCAGAAAGUCAAAGAGGAAAUUAUUGGAGCAUUCCUGCAGGAGCUGCAGAAGAGGGACACAUAGUCCCGCAGGUCGGACAGGAGCUACGCCACUGCAGAGGGACGGGCCUCGUCACGGCCCAAACCCCCCCCUCCAGAAUGCCACGUCCAAUGUCCCCGCCCCUCGACUCUCUUGCGCUCUACGACACGCACACGCGUACGCACGCAUUCGACCCGGGGAACUCCUCCACUGAGAGCGUGUGCCCCUUGCUUCCCUUCCCUCGCACACGGCCACAGAUUCAGAUCUACUUACGCUUCUCUGACAAACCUCUCUGUCUGUCCUUCCAUUCUGUCCCCACCCCACCCCACCCCACCCCACCACCAACACAGCCUUAUCUGUAAGAUUAUAAUAUUCAGGGAAUAUCGCAAAUGACAAAGAUGAAGAUGCUUAAGUGCACUAUGUACGGUUACAUAUAAUUCCAUCUCUUCCCGCCUGGCUGGUAGAACUGCAGCUGGACUCUUCUGAAAAUAAACUAGUUUUUAUAUUUGUAUAUCUGAGGACAGCAGUCGGGAAAGAGAAGGAACAAUCUGUCUGUAAUGGUUUCAGGGCUGGUAGACGGGACAUUUGAAAUGUCUCUUGCAUCCCUGACCUUGACAGAGCUUGCCCAGUCCCAGGUGCAGACCUUUCACUCACGCCAAUGCUGCAUUUACCUCAGGGAUGAGCAGGAUCAGUGCGCCGCGGACGCUAAUGCCGCAGGGCGCGGCUACAGGAUCAGCAACACUGGCCAACUUAAGAGCGCUUUCUCAGCGGCUUGCCUGACGAUGAACCUUCUCAUUAUGCUCUCAAGCCUGUUCUCAUUAAAGCCAGGAAGGCAAUAAGGGGGGAAACAAGGCUCUGUUACAGAGGCCAGGACCAUAACCUGUACAAGAAACCGAGGUUAUUGUAAAGGAGAUGAAUGUUCAAACAUAGAUUAGUACACUCUAGAAUGGAGAGGGAGACAGAGAGGGAACACCGAAGAGAGAGAGGUUUGUAUGGAAGCGUAUCGCUUGAUGUGACUGCCAAACGCAGAUAAUCUGUUUCUUGUGUGUACUUUCUGUGGGUAAGCUGUCUGUACAGCUGUGGAUCAGCUGAGUAUGGCUCCCUGCUACUCAUGUUGUGCCCCACCCCCCACCAGACUUGACUGAAACUUGUAUCUCUUGACUGAGACUCGUAUCUUACACAGAGAGCUGUGCUUUUAUUUUCUUCAGUUCAUUCUUCUAUGUGAGGCCUGUUUUACACAUGUAUAUUAAAAUAUAGAAAAGAAAAAAAAAUUUGGGUAUAAAUAUAUGUUUUUUAGGGUAAUUAAAACAAAAAUGAGAUGCUAUUUCUAUUUUGAUUGAAAUCCCUGAUGCGGUUUAAUGUAUUUUGAUUUUGUUAUUGAUCCAAUUUUUUCUCGUUAGAGCCUUUUUGAGCUGAAAAUUUGUCUAAAGGAAACAGUGCAAUAACACCCAAUUAGAAUUGCCUUCAUUGAGAAAUACAGCUGCUUCUUGUAUGA